AUGGCCAUGCGAUCGGUGCUGCGCUCGGCGGCGGUGCGCGCGGCGGGUGCGCAGGCGCGGCGGCCAACGACGCUGUCGCUUGGAGCGUCUUCGCUGCUGCUGGAGCACUGCGCGCCGUUCCACAGCACGCGCGCCGCGAUGGAGCCCACGAAGCGCGACUUCUACGACGUGCUGGGCGUCUCGCGCGACGCGAGCAAGAACGACAUCAAGAAGAAGUACUACCAGCUGGCCAAGAAGUACCACCCGGACACGAAUAAGGCGGACCCGGACGCGGCCAAGAAGUUCGCGGAGGCCACCGAGGCCUGGGAGAUCCUGGGCGAUGACGACAAGCGCCAGAAGUACGACGCUUAUGGCCACGCCGGCGUGGACGAGCAGGCGGGCUUUGGUGGCGGCGGUGGCGGCUUCCACGGUCAGGGCUUCGAGGACAUUUUCGGAGAGUUCUUCGGCGGUCAGGGCUUCGGCGGACGCUCGCGCCGCAGCGCCAACCAACCGCAGCGCGGUGCAGACAUCCAGGUGGACAUCACGCUCAACUUCAUGGAGGCGGUGAAGGGCACGACGCGCGACUUGAACAUCACGGCCAAUGUCGAAUGUGACUCGUGCGACGGAUCGGGCGCCAAGCCUGGCACCAGGAAGAAAACGUGCCCCACGUGCAACGGUUCCGGCGUGCAGAUCAUGCAGCAGGGCUUCUUCGCGGUGGAGACGCCGUGCCGUCGUUGCCAGGGCGAAGGAUCUAUCAUUGAGUCUCCGUGUGGCAAGUGCCGCGGCAAAGGCACGGUCAAGAAGCCGCGCACAGUCGAGGUGAAGAUCCCCGAGGGUGUGGACCAGGGCAUGAACCUGCGCUUGGCGCACCAGGGCGAGCCUGGCCAGCGCGGCGGACCGUCGGGACACCUCUAUGUGGGCAUCCACGUGCUGCCGGACCCGUUCUUCAAGCGGCGCAAGACGGAUGUGCUGGUGGAUGUCCCCAUUUCGGUUGCGCAGGCGGUACUGGGAGGCACGGUUGUGGUGCCCACGUUGACGGGCGAAGUGGAGAUGAAGAUCCCGCGCGGAACACAGCCCGAUACGGUGCUGCAGAUGCGCGGCAAGGGUAUCAAGGAGCUCAACUCGAACCGCCGCGGCUCGCAGCUCGUGAACCUGCAGGUUUGCAUCCCCAAG